AUGACGACUAUUGGUGAUCAAAUAUUGCGUAUUAAUGGAUUCAGAAUAGAUGAUGCCAUACACAAAGAAUUUGUGCAACUUGUUAGCCAUCAAGAACGUUUAACACUGAAAGUACGCAGUGUUGGCAUGUUGCCGGUAAAAGACAAAGAAAAUGAUGGUCUUACCUGGAAUGUGGUCAAGACACCCAGUAUUAGUUCCACCACCUCCGAAUGUUCUUAUCAAUCCUCGGAGCGUACGGAACGUACUCACAGCCGUAAUCAAGGUGAACGUGUUAUAAAUGUGGUGCUUAAUGUAGCACCACGCACCAAAUUGGGUUUGGGCAUUUGUAAGGGACCCGAAUGGAAACCGGGAAUAUUUGUACAAUUUACAAAAGAGAAAAGUGUGGCACGAGAGGCAGGCUUAAGACCAGGUGAUCAAAUUCUGACGGUAAAUAGUAUAGAUUUUUCAGAUGUACUAUUCAGUGAGGCGGUGGCAGUUAUGAAAAGUUCAAAUAAAUUAGAUAUGACAGUGCAUACUGGGGCCGGUUGUGAUCUAUUUCCCGGAGAAUCAAGUGGUUAUAAUAGUUCAGCUAGUUCAGUAACCGGAGAUCAAAGUCCCUGCUGGGCUGAUGUGAAAUCAAAGAGAUUAACUGCCGUCAGAGAGGAAAGUUCAAAUGGAGCAAAUUGGAAUCAACCUUUAUAUGCCAAUGAGCAGCGUAGAUGUCGUUCAAAAUCCAUAACCGAAAGAAGUGCAAAUUCCAACUUAACGGCCGCAACAAAUUUACCCGUAAGACAAAAUUCCAACACCGGCACCGCAACGAACUCUACAACACAGACAAAUGUUAAAAAGGAAAUUAAUAAAACUAUUAUUAAAUUAUCCGAAAAUGGUGCUACUUCCAUAAACAAUACAUUUGUGGAAAAUGCCACGCCUUCUUCGAGCACAGGCACCAUAAGAAAAACUUUGAGCCCUGUACAAAAAGACAACCGAGAGGAACCAGCUGCCAUGGAAGGCACCCUAACGAAAUUUAAUCAAACACCGAAAACACCCAAUAUAUUACCACCUCCACCACCCAUGGCCAUGAGGGCGAUAUUAAAAAUUGGUGGCGUGGCUGCCACCAUGCAACGUUAUCAAUAUGCCAAUCUCCAAUUGGCUAAAUUGAAUAAAGCAGCGGCGACCACAACAGCUUCCGGCGAUAACUCAACAUACUCAAAUUCUCUCAAGUGCAUUACAGAGGAACUUAAGAAGAGAAAAGCGAGACGUCAACCUCCCGCCUUUAAAGAACAUGCUCCACAUAAUGAAAUGAAACCACUACAAUACGAAAUGAAACGUGAGAACAAUAAUAAUCAUCAACAACAACAACAACAUCACAACCAACAUCAUCAUCACCCAACAAGUCCAACAGCAGCAACAAAUUUAAACACAAAUACAUUGAAUGGCAAUGAUCAUCAUAAAACUGCAGCUGUGAAUAACAACAGCAGCAGCAACAACAUCAAUUGUAAUAAUAACAACAAUAAUACUCUCAAUGUUGUGGAUGAUCAACACAGUGCUUUAAUGAAUGAAUAACAGGCCCAUAAACGCAUGUUUAAGAACGGCUUCAAAGAAUGUGGCGGCAGUGGGGAUUCUAUGGAAAAUCGGGAUCGAAAGGAGGCACUGUUAAAUACCACAAUAUUGGAUGAUGCUGGUACCUGUCGAUCUAAAGGACCUAAAAUAAACUCUCUAACACAAACAAAACAACAACAGCAAAAUGAUACAUUGGACAGUAGAGAGCCAAACAAACAGGAGACAUAUAGUCAUAUACCAAAACCACCGCCUCUACAGAUGACCAAUAACAACACCUAUAAAGUCAACAAUAACACAACAUCUGAACGUUUAACAAAUGGUGUUCAAAAUGGAAAUACUUACAAUGGCAAUGACACUUACAGCAGACCCAACAAAUCAUCAUCUGCCUCUACCAAUGGUUUCAACAACAACAACAACACUGCCACCAACAACACUCAAGCAAAUAGACAAACUUUACGUUUGGGUACUGUUACCAUAGGAGAAUACCGCCAACCUUCCAAUAUGAGAAGAGAACCAGAAAAAUUCGAUUUUCUAACGACGCAAAAGAAAGGUAGAGAUUCAGGUGAUACCACACCUACAAAUGAGGCCUUACAAAGUGAAUUACAAAGUACUCUGUCACGUGCAAAUCUACGCAAAUCCAAUGGCAAUUCAUAUACCGAACAUCAGCGUAAUUGUCCUUUGCAUCAGCAACAGCAGCAAUUGCAACAACAACAACGCCAAAGUGUGGAUUAUGGCAAUAAUGGUUUUUCGGUAGAGGAAAUGUCUAAGAAAUUACAAAAAUCAUCCAUAAAUGAUAAUAAUUCGGGGGAAAUGUUAACGAAAACAAAUAAUCGGGCGGUGAAUGGUGCCUCUGGAACGACAGGUGUUGGUAUUUUAAAGAAUGGUAAUCGUAAUGGCACCAGUAGUAGUAAAUCUACCGAGAAAUCGAUUAAGUUUGGUUAAUGUUUAAGUAAGAAUGUUUUGAAAAAAAGUGAAAUUUCGGAAGCAUUUCGAAUUUGCCUAAAAAAAUGUUGUCACAAAGUAUAUUUUUGCUAAUUUCAGCUUAAAUGUAUUAUAAAUUGUUAUAUUAUUAUUUCGCCUGGCCUUUUAAUAUCUACCAUUGUUUUUUAUAUGCUUCUUUAAGAAAAUUUUUGUUAAAAAUUACAUUUUAUUAUAAAUUUUUAAUUAUAAGCAGAAUAUAAUUUAGUUUUAUGUGCAAUAAAAUCUCAAAAUGUAUAUA